AUGAACGCUGACAAUCGCAGACACAACUGGCCAAACAACUACCCGAACUACCACGAUCUGAGAGACUACUUUGACACCUGUGACCGAGUAUUGAACAUCAAGGAGCGCACAGCUUUCGAGAGCGUUGUCACCGAAGCUCAGUUCGACACAGACGAAGGCCGCUGGCACGUAAAGACCGCUGAUGGCAGGAACGCUAAGGCCAAGUAUCUUGUAGUCUGCGCAGGCUUCGCAGCGAAGCGAUACGUCCCGGACUGGCCCGGAGUUGACAAGUUCAAAGGGGUCAUCCAUCACUCAUCCUUCUGGCCGGAUGACGACGUUGAUGUCAAGGGUAAGAAAUGUGCCAUCAUCGGGACAGGUGCAACCGGCGUGCAAGUCACCCAGGCCUGGGGUCCUCAAGCCGGAGAAGUGAAGGUCUUUCAACGCACUCCGAACUUGACAGUGCCUAUGCGCCAGCGAGAUCUCACCGUCGAAGAACAGGAGCAGAACAAGAAAUGGUAUCCCGAGCUCCUCCGCUACCGCGAACACUGCUUCGGUGGUUUCCUGUACACCUUCUCGGAGAAGAACACCUUCGAUGACACUCGUGAGGAGCGAGAGGCCUUCUAUGAGAAGCUGUGGCAGGAUGGAGGCUUCCGCUUCUGGCUUGGCAACUACAAAGACUACCUCUUCAGCAAGGAAGCGAACCAGGAGGCCUACAACUUCUGGGCCAAGAAGCAGCGUGCCAGGAUUAAUGAUGAGAGGAAGAAGGACAUCCUCGCGCCACUUCAAAUGCCGCACUACUGGGGUAUCAAGCGGCCUUGCCUUGAAUACGCUUAUCUUGAGCAGUUCAAUCGACCGAACGUGGACAUUGUCAAUAUCAAGAAUAAUGCCAUUGUUGGGUUUGAUGAGACCGGUAUCAAGUUUGAAGACGGAUCGCAUGAGGACUUCGGUGUCAUUUGCAUCGCUACUGGCUUCGACGUCGUUACUGGGGGUAUGACGGCCAUGGGUCUGAAAGACAUCUACGGCAACACUUUGGACGACCAGUGGAAGAAGGCUGCGUACACUUACCUGGGCACUACUAUCGCCGAUUAUCCCAACAUGUUCCACCUUUACGGCCCGCAGGGUCCGACUUUGCUCUCGAAUGGCCCUACCACGAUCGAAGUACAAGGCAGGUGGAUCAACGAUGUGAUCAAGUACUGCGAAAGGAACGGCGUCAAGUACAUCAACCCGACGCAGGAGGCUCAGGCGGAGUGGAAGAAGAAGAUCAAUCAUCUGAGCGAUAUUACGUUGUUCCCGACGGUGAAGAGCACGUACAUGGGUGGCAGCAAGCCGGACAAGGCAUUCGAGCAGACGAACUAUGCUGGCGGGUUGCACAACUACGGAGAGGACAUCAGGAGCGUGCUUCCGAAGUUUGAUGGCUUUAAUGUUGUGAACAAUGUUGCGGCGGCUGCGUAA